AUGGCUGGGCACAGGAGGAUUCAGCGAGAAGUGGACCAGUUCCCACAAAUGUUUUUUAUUGAUCACAACUCGAGAACGACGACCUUUAUCGACCCCCGGCUGCCGUCCUCGGUGGUGCUGAGUCCGCAUCACGCGCCGAGCAUGGACUUCCUGCAGGUCCCGGGGUCAAGGUCACGGAGUCACAGCGCGGGGGAGGACGAAAUUAGAAGAAGCAGCAUCAACAUAACAGUGCGAGCCCCGGUCCCCCCUCCCCGUCCGCGGGAAACCCUGACCCGAUCGCUGGGCUCGGGUUACUCCGCACAGCCGGCAGCCGACGUGCCUCUCGCCUACAGCGACAAGGUCGUCGCCUUCCUUCGGCAGUCCAACAUCCUGGAUGUGCUGAGGGAGAAGCAGCCGGCCUUUGCUUCUAAUACUCUUCUUAAAGAGAAGAUUAACGUGAUCCGUAACGAGGGCACGGCGGCGCUGGAGCGGUUGGCGGACGACGUGGAUCUCAUCAUCCUGCUCAGCCUGUUCGAGACGGAGAUCAUGUCGUUUGUGCCGCCCGCGCAGCACGUGCAGACCCACGCCGACAGGGCCUACUCCCCACGUGGGUCACCACAGGCCUCACCACAGGCAUCUCCAGGUUUGCAGCGGGCCAACGCCAGAGCCCCGGCUCCGUACAGGAGAGACUUCGAGUCAAAACUGAGGAAUUUCUACAGAAAACUGGAGUCGAAGGGCUACGGACAGGGGCCGGGCAAGCUCAAGUUAAACAUCAGAAGAGACCAUCUUCUGUCAGACACCUUCAACAAAAUCAUGGGAACCACAAAACGCGACCUGCAGAGGAACAAGCUCUACGUCACCUUCGUAGGGGAAGAGGGGUUGGACUACGGCGGGCCGUCGCGGGAGUUUUUCUUCCUGCUGUCGCGUGAGCUGUUUAACCCGUACUACGGGCUGUUUGAGUACUCCGCCAACGACCAGUACACGGUCCAGGUCAGCCCCAUGUCCGCCUUCGUGGACAACGCACAUGACUGUCGAUGGAAAGUGCCUUACCCCUGGUUCAGGUUCAGUGGGCGGAUCCUGGGCCUGGCCCUCAUACAUCAGUACCUGUUGGAUGCCUUCUUCACAAGACCCUUCUACAAAGCCCUGCUCCGAACGCCAUGUGACAUCAACGACCUUCAGGCCGUGGAUGAGGAGUUCUAUGCAUCGCUGCAGUGGAUUAAGGACAACGACAUCACAGACAUUCUGGAGCUGACCUUCAGUGUGGAUGAGGAGGUCUUUGGACAGGUGACAGAGCGAGAGCUGAUCACGAAUGGUAAAAACGUCCCAGUGACGGAGAAGAACAAGAUGAACUACAUCGAGCGGGUGGUGAAGUGGCGGCUGGAGCGGGGCGUGGCCGAGCAGACCGAGAGCCUCGUCAGGGGCUUCUACGAGGUGAUUGACACGCGGCUGGUGUCGGUGUUUGAUGCCCGUGAGCUGGAGUUGGUGAUUGCAGGGACCGCUGAGAUCGACAUCGUCGACUGGAGAAAAAACACAGAAUACAGAUCAGGUUACCAUGACCGCCACCCUGUAAUUCAAUGGUUCUGGACGGCCGUGGAGAGGUUUGAUAAUGAGAGGAGACUCCGACUGCUACAGUUCGUGACGGGAACGUCCAGUAUUCCGUACGAGGGCUUUGCGGCGCUGCGGGGGAGUAACGGACCUCGUAAGUUCUGCAUCGAGAAGUGGGGCAAGAUUUCCGCCCUGCCCAGAGCCCACACAUGUUUUAACCGGCUGGACCUGCCGCCCUACCCGUCCUACGCCAUGUUGUAUGAGAAGCUGAUCAUCGCGGUGGAGGAGACCAGCACCUUCGGCAUGGAGUGAGCCGCCUGCGCUCUGCGGAGCUGAAACCUGACACUUCACACCAGCUGGGAGAAGAGUCGCGUUGCUUGGUGUAGCUGUAAGCUGAUACAGUUGUGUUGGAGCAAGCCUCUACAGACACAGCUGAGAGGAAACCUGAUACCCAGCCCAGCUGACAUGGCACAGCGGUGAGAUGCACCACCUGCAGCGGUGUGAGACUUGUGCCACCUGUACAGACUUCUGUCAUUCAAUAUACAUGUGUAAAGCCAUAUGCUCUGCUCAACAUGCAACCUGAUACAGCUGUGAGAGAACUCUUGUAACCUGAUACAGCUGUGAGAGAACUCUUGUAACCUGACACAGCUGUGAGAGAACUCUUGUAACAUGAUACAGCUGUGAGAGAACUCUUGUAACCUGAUACAGCUGACAGAACUCUUGUAACCUGAUACAGCUGUGAAAGAAUUCUCAUAACCUGAUACUGCUGAGAGAAUUCUUCUAACUUCAUACUGAUGUGACAGUCCCUCUUGUAACUUGAUACAGCUGUGUGAUAACUCCUGUAACCUGAUUAUGCUGUGAAGUUACUCUUGUAACCUGAUACAGCUGUGAGAGAACUCUUGUAACCAGAUACAGCUGAAAGAGUACUCUUGUAACCUGAUACAGCUGUGAGAGAACUCUUCUAACCUAACACAACAGCAGCCAAUCACUGAUCAGGUUACAGCAGCAACCAAUCACUGAUCAGGUUACAGCUGCAGCCAAUCACUGAUCAGGAUACAACAGCAGCUAAUUGGUGAUCAAUUUACCACAGUAGCCAAUCACACAUCAGGAAACCAGUCAGAAACAGGCUGUAUUCCUGAGGCCAUCUGAUUGGCUGAUGCUUGUCAGGUGGGCAGCAGUUCUCUCACAGCUGAUCAGCUGUUCAAUAUAUCAGGCAAGGUCAUGACCUUCAGCUCCAUCAGGUGGAUCAGCCAGUCAGUAUUUGUUUGUUUGUUUGUUUGUUUGUUCUGUGUAGAGCCAAUAUUCCAAGUCUUCAUCAGUACACUAUGAAUUACUGUAGAAGAAGUAAGACUUAUUCAGAGUGCAUAUUUAUUAUGAUGUGGAGACAGAAUCACAGUAAGCUGUAAAGACUGAAGAGUUGUGUUCUAUGUAUGUAACACAUGAUUUUGUGCAAUCUUCCUGGCCUUCCCAGGAUCCUCUUCUGCUGUGUCUAAGCCAUCGGGAGGGUCGUGUGGGGUCAUGGACAAUGAUGUCAUGUGGAAGAUACUGCUACAGUAUGGGCAUUGUUUUAUAACCUGCACAUUCUGUCCACAGUAUGACAUGAGCUGUGCCACUGAGAUGGGCCUUGUGCAAUAAAGGAUGGACCUUUCUUAAACACACCAGGUGUCCGUAGAGAUGAUGGGUUAGACCCUGUAGAAUAUCCAGAUGCCUACAGAGAUGACUGGGUUAGACCCUGGAGUUGCCCGGUAGAGUGUAGAGGUUGUUCUGCACAUGUCAUGUGCUCUUACUACAGAAUUCAGUAUGUCCUGCACGUAUACUGUGGAAUGGACUUGUAUUAUAGAUAAUGAUGAUGAUGCAUUCCUUCCUGCCUAGUACGAUGUGCAACUAUUUGUAAUGAUGGACUCUCCAAGGCUCCAUAUUCCUGUAAACUUGAAAUGAUGGCCUUGCAGCAAGAUUUUGCUUUAUUCUUUAUGUAAAGUUUUAUUCGAUAUGAUAUAAAAGACAAAAGUAACUAAUGUUUAAUCCUGUUGCAAAUGAGAGAAAUUCUAUCAUUCCUGAUGAACUCAUCCCAAUCUACAGCAACUGUGAUGGUGGUAUGCCAGUAGCACUCCUGUUGUAGCAUGGAAAAUCGCUAACACUUUAUACGACAACUCCUGUUGUAGCUUUGCCUGUGCUAGUAUCUCCAUAAUCAACAAUGGAUAGUGAGUGAUCUGUGUCAGAAACUCAAGUUCCUUAAAACUGACUUCACUUGACAAUUCAAAACGUCAUCCAGGCUCAAUGUUGUCCUGUAAAUUUCCAACACAGAAAAUUGGAUACAGUCAGGGAUUGCAAAUUCCUUGGCAAAUACUGGAGUUGGUCGGUCAAAAAUUUGGAUUUUGUGUGUUGAAAAUUACAGUACAACAGACAAGCCUACUGACUGAUGGUUUGCCAAGCAGAUGUUUGCUUGGAAAAUCGGAACAUUUCCUGUCGCACCGGAGAACUUGUGCUUCAGCAACCUGGGACAGAUAACAAUUUUCCUGCCAGACAUCUGCUUGGAGCUUGCCUCCACCCGAACCAGGCAAGCAGACGCUUGGUGCAAUUCUGUAUGACAAGUAUUUAUCACCGCCAUAGUUCUAUGCUGCAUUAAACGUCAAAGGGUGAUGCAGUAGCCAGGCAACAGUAACCAGGCAACAGCCACCUGCAGAAGCCUGCAGGAUUUUUGAAGCCUGUUUUGAUCUAAGAAACAUACUAGCACAUUUGUUGUUAAUGUUAUAUAAUAUAUGAAUAUUGUAUGUUGAUUUUAUUUACAUUUGUUGCUCUGCCGUAAUUUGUGUCAAAUCAGUCAUGAAUUCUGCUGCUAACUCAGUGAUGUAACUGACAGAAAUUUAUGUGCUUUCUAAUUUGUCUAGCUGAUACAAUGGCCCUUCAGUGUAACACACCAGCUUCUGUAUCUAUAUCUGUAUAGCCGGUAUAACCACCCUAAAGCGUAACACAGCAGCUUCAAGGUGCUUGAAGUUGGCAGCUUUCUUACACCCAAGAAAUGGCACCCAAUGGAAAGGUGCUUUUUGUGUUUUUACCUGAGGCGAACUUUGUCUGCUCUGUUUUACUACGUAACCAUAUAUUCUAUGAGACACCUUGUGUGAUUGGUAGUUUUACCGACUACCACAUAUUCUACGAGACAGCCUGUGUGAUUGGUUAGUAUUGACCUCUGACCUGGUGUCACAGAGAAGUUUGAGGAGCAAAUUAGAUUUUACACCGAAGAUGCUGGUUGGUUCAUUUUCAAUGUUGUUAUGAAACAUAAACUGCCCAGUACUGACACGUG